CCGACCUGAGGCACGAGAAGGUUCCGAACAGCGCUCCCGCGGCCAUGCCCACGGCGAAGCCCAUCACGAAGCCCAUCUUCACUCUGUCGAAGCAGCUGGGCUGCGACUGCCCGUACGGGCCCACGGUCACGGGCAUCUACAACACACACACACACACACACACACACACGGUUCCCAAGCUCAGCCGCGCUCCGCUCGGUGUCCCCGCUCCUCACCGCCACCGCCGCCUGGGCCUCCGCUUCCGGUGCAGGCGGAAGGGGCGGAGCGGCGCCGUGUUCCCCGGUCUCGUUUCCUCGGCCAUGUACCGGCUGUGGCGCAGCCCGGCUGCUCUGCGCCCGGUUCCUCCCGCCCCGCGGCGGUUCUCGGCGGCGGCACCGCGAACACGGACCGAUGGGGGCGGGGCGGGGCCGCGCGGCGAUGGAGGCGGCGCUCUGCGGCCGCUGUACCUGGACGUGCAGGCCACCACCCCGCUGGACCCGCGCGUGCUGGACCGCAUGCUGCCCUACCUGACCGGCUGCUACGGGAACCCGCACUCCCGCACACACGCCUACGGAUGGGAGAGCGAGGCCGCCACCGAGCGCGCCCGGCGGCAAGUCGCAGAUCUGAUAGGAGCAGAUCCCAGGGAAAUCAUUUUCACCAGCGGGGCUACGGAAUCGAAUAAUAUGGCCAUUAAGGGUGUUGCGAGGUUCUAUAAGUCCAGGAAGAAGCACAUCAUUACCACACAGACAGAGCACAAGUGUGUGUUGGAUUCCUGCCGCUCCUUGGAGGCUGAAGGUUUCCAGAUCACUUACCUGCCGGUCCAGAAAAAUGGGCUGAUCGAUUUGAAGGAGCUGGAGGCUGCGUUCCAGCCAGACACGAGCUUGGUUUCUGUGAUGGCCGUGAAUAACGAAAUAGGAGUGAAGCAGCCAAUUGGUGACAUUGGUGAGAUCUGCCGCUCACGUAAGGUUUUCUUCCACACGGAUGCUGCACAAGCAGUUGGAAAAAUUCCUCUGGACGUCAAUGACUUGAAGAUUGACCUAAUGAGCAUCAGUGGCCAUAAGAUUUAUGGGCCCAAAGGGGUUGGUGCCAUCUAUGUUCGCCGGCGGCCACGUGUGCGGCUGGAACCGCUGCAGAGCGGGGGAGGCCAGGAGAGAGGGCUGCGAUCGGGGACUGUGCCCACACCGCUGGCUGUGGGCCUGGGGGCUGCGUGUGAGGUGGCACAGGAAGAGAUGGAGUAUGACCAUAAGCGAAUCUCACAACUGGCAGAACGGCUUGUUACGAAAAUAAUGAGCGAAGUUCCUGAUGUGGUUAUGAAUGGAGACAGAGAGCAUCGUUAUCCAGGAUGUGUCAAUUUAUCUUUUGCGUAUGUGGAAGGGGAGAGUCUUCUCAUGGCCCUGAAAGAUGUGGCUCUGUCUUCAGGAAGUGCUUGCACAUCAGCUUCUCUGGAGCCUUCAUAUGUUUUGCGGGCAAUUGGAGCAGAUGAAGAUUUGGCUCAUUCCUCUAUCAGAUUUGGCAUUGGUCGUUUCACUACCGAGGAAGAAAUAGAUUAUACAGUUCAGAAAUGCAUACAGCACGUUAAGAGGCUGAGGGAAAUGAGUCCUCUUUGGGAAAUGGUGCAGGAUGGAAUUGACCUCAAAAGCAUUAAAUGGAGUCAGCACUGAGAAAACAAGCUCUCUCCGUGGACUAGACUGAAGUGGAUUAAGAUGUAUUUUCUGUACAUUCCCGAACAAAAACAUGCAGCACAUUUCAGCUUGUUAUCAUUUGCAAUUUAAAUGGGAAGCUCCCUUUUCUAAUAAUAGCCUAAGAAGCCAAAAAUUGAACUAGUCUGUAUGCUGGGGAAAGGCAGGAUGACAUAACAGCCUUUGCAUUGAUAUUCAUACGCUGCAAUUUAUGCUGAGAUGUGCUCUCUUUGAAAAUGUAUUUUGCAAUGUAAAAAACAAAACUGAGGAGUCCUGGUAAGAAAUAGCUCGUUCUCAGCAUAAAACAUCCUGUGUAGCUGUUCUGUUUGCAGCACAGAGCUGUAGCUGGGCUGCAGGUUCUCCUAGAGGCAGCCUUGCAGCUGCAGGUGCUUUUGUGCUGCUAAAAUGUCUCAAGAGAAUUUUUUGUGUAGGAAGAAGUUUGGCAUUUCUAGAGGAAAAGGAUGCCUCACUGUGGCUACGUGCCUUCACAGUUAAGUUGUAUGUGGAGUUAUGAACUCUUUUUUUUCCCCCUAAAAUUUAAUACUUUUUGCUCUUUGUGUGUGUGUGUUUAUGUGCUGCUUGUACAGACCGGUGUGCAUUUGUACCAAACACUGUCUGGUGUUACGGAAUUUAGGAUACCUUUAUAAUGCACUUUGCUGUCCCCUCUGUUUGUUUUUUUCUACUCAGUGAAGAAAGAAAACUUGAAUGACUGGGAGAGGAGGAACAGAACACGCCGGCUUCAGUUGCAGUACCAGUUUAGUUGGUACUCCAUUGGUGGAGGGGGGGAAGCACAUAAUGUACAAGGUCUUCUGGUUUUGUUCUAGUUUUGCCUUUUUUUCCCCUUGUAGUGAGUCCUUUGCUGUUACUGUAGUCUUUGCCUAUGGCAAUUGGCUUCUGUCACUUCUGGGAGUCUUGCUCAGUGGGCAAACCUGGCUGUUCUGUCAGUAGGUGGGAACAUGUGGCUCUGGAGUUGUUUCUUUGUGUGCCGGAGCUAACUUGUCCUGUUAGAGGCUUCCAUGGGAAUCCAUUCCCUGCGAAUGCUGGGGAAAAGUGUCUGUUAAAAUGGGUUUGAUUAGAUGAAUUUGUAUCAGAAUUUCUCCUUUCGUACCUUUGGUGGUCUUUCCAGUAGGAAAUUUUACCCUGUAUUACGAAGUGCCUUUGUAACAGUUGCAUAAGCAGACAGCUCUUAAAUUAUUUUCUUGGUUAAUGGAUGCUGAAUUUAGUAUACAUUAUAGACAGCAUGUCAUCAGUUCUGAGUAGUAUCUACCUCGAGGAUGCAGCACUGUAUGGAAAAGGUGAAGCUAAGCCUCACAGAGCGGACUGAAUUAUAGAAUUGUUAAUUUUUCUGUUAAGGACGGAUUUGGUUGUAAUGCAAAGCUAAUCCUGAAUGGUUCUAUUUGAAAUUACUAGCCUUAGCAGGUUUGAUAUUGUACGACUGAUCGGCACCUUAUGUUUCAUCACCAUGUUUUAAAGCUCUCAUAUGCGUAACUACGUUUUAGAGGCAUUGUUUGUAUUAUAUUUUAUUUUUGGGUCAUGUGUGGUUUCUGGGUUAAGCAUGUGCUAAGAAUUCCCCUGCAUGUUUUAGGACUUUAUGUUUGUGAAUGUGUCAUUUGUGUUUCAUGGAUGACAAAAAUAUAGAUAAGGCUUAAACGUGGCUACUAUGAGUCUUUGUAGGUAAUUAUAAAGUUGAAGUAAAUCAAGAAAAAAAUGUAGAGCACUACUUUUGCGGAUCCACUUCUCCGGCUCAGCUGUUGGGCACGAUCGUUGAGUCGCCAAUUGCAGUCUCUCAUCAGAUGCCAGAGGCAGAUAAGUUUGUUUGUGAACACUGAUACAGGCUCUUUCAUCCAGCUGACGUUUGACUUCUGUUGAGUUGUUCCUCUCAUGCUGAAUGUCUGAUCUGACCUAAUAGAUAUAAUAUAUAUUAAUAAAACUCA